UUAUCUAACAAGGUAAAGCUUCAAUCUUUUCCCACUGACAUUUCUGGUCUUCCAUUUCUUUCUUGUUCCUUUUUUCAUCUAGGGUCUUGUCUGUAGGUUAGAGAGAUCCUUCCCUUCCUACAAAGAUCCAAAGCAGGGAACUUUCUAGUCAAUGCUGCUUGAGAUCUGACUUUUUCCUUCCAUGUCCCUCUGAAACCCCUCCCAUCAGGUGGAUAAAGCAGAGGUUUAAGAAGAUGGGAACUAGUUUAAACAACGCAUUAUCUCGGAAGUACAAUGGUUUGGAGCUCUGGGAGAUCAUAGUGAUUGUUCUCUCAGCUAUUUUCCUAGUAGUUUUAGCUGUAUCUAUAUGGCUUACUUUCAGAAGAAAAAAGUCUAGACCAUCUUCUACCCAAAUCCCUCUUAGCCUCCACAUACCUCCUAGUGUUCCUGAAGAGAUUAAAGAGAUUAGAGUCGACGAGGUUUCCUCAACCAACGGUGACGCCAAUGGAUAUCCCUCUAUUAGUGAGAAGUUUGGUGAUAAAGAGCCUGAGAAAGGGGUAGCAGCAGUAGUAGCAGCAGAGUCAGAAAAUGGUGGUGAUAGUAGCAGAUCAGGCUCGUUUAAUCACAUGGAGAAGAAAGAUGGAUCAUCAAGCGUGUCUUCAGCUAAUCAUCUUACAGCUCCUUCUCCUUUGUCUGGUCUUCCAGAGUUUUCUCACCUUGGAUGGGGUCAUUGGUUCACUCUCAGAGAUCUUCAGAUGGCUACGAAUCAGUUCUCGAGGGAUAAUAUCAUCGGUGAUGGUGGUUAUGGAGUUGUGUACCGUGGUAGCCUGGUUAAUGGUAGUCCUGUUGCGGUUAAAAAGUUGCUCAACAAUCUUGGACAAGCUGACAAAGACUUCAGAGUAGAGGUUGAAGCUAUAGGUCACGUUCGCCACAAGAACUUGGUCCGUCUUCUUGGAUAUUGCAUGGAAGGAACGCAGAGGAUGCUGGUGUAUGAGUAUGUUAACAAUGGGAACUUGGAGCAAUGGCUACGUGGAGACAAUCAGAAUCACGAGUAUCUAACGUGGGAGGCACGGAUGAAAAUUCUUAUAGGAACAGCCAAAGCGCUUGCUUACCUACACGAGGCGAUUGAGCCAAAAGUGGUGCAUAGAGACAUAAAGUCUAGCAACAUUCUGAUUGAUGACAAGUUUAAUUCUAAAAUUUCUGACUUUGGACUUGCUAAGCUUCUUGGCGCUGAUAAAAGCUUUAUAACUACUCGAGUUAUGGGUACCUUUGGCUAUGUAGCUCCAGAGUAUGCGAACUCUGGUCUUCUGAAUGAGAAGAGUGAUGUCUACAGCUUUGGGGUUGUACUCUUGGAAGCUAUAACUGGUAGAUAUCCAGUAGACUAUGCUCGCCCACCACCUGAGGUACAUUUGGUGGAAUGGCUGAAGAUGAUGGUUCAACAAAGAAGAUCAGAAGAAGUGGUUGACCCAAACCUCAACACAAAACCAUCUACAAGUGCCUUAAAGAGAACACUCUUGACUGCUUUGAGGUGUGUUGAUCCAAUGUCCGAGAAACGACCAAGGAUGAGCCAAGUUGCACGUAUGCUUGAAUCCGAGGAGUACCCAAUUCCUAGAGAGGAUAGGAGAAAACGAAGGAGUCAGAACGGGACAACAAGAGAUUCAGAUCCUCCUAGGAACAGCACAGACACUGACAAGAGCGAGUACAUUGACCUAAAGCCUGAAGCUGGAUAGGUCUUCUCCAGAUCGUAUGUGUAUUGUCAUAUUUGUUCGAUCGUUCUUUGGUAAUAAGGAGAGAGAAGAGUGAGAGUGAGAGUGUUCAUUGUUUCUGUUUGGUUUGUUUCCAUUAAACACCAUUUGCUUGUAUAGUGUUUGUUUGUUUGUUGUAUUAUCAUUUGCUUCUCUACGUGUUGCAGUGUAGGUUGUUUUUGGACCAAGAAAACGCCAGGUUUUGUAGGAUAUGUUAAGUCUUUGAGAUAAACGACGUGUAGUUUGGUUUGCUUGUGGAAUUCUUGUUUGUUUA